CUCCCCGCUCCCUACUCCCUCCCUCGCUCGCUCGCUCGCUCGGGGCCGGCGGGCGGCUGUGCGGUCGGUCUGGGAGCGCUGCCUCGGCCGCUCCUUCUGCGCCGCCGGCGUCGGGCGCGCGGACCGAACGGAUCGAGGCCGGGGGCCCUGCCAGCGGGGCCGAGGCCGGGCGGGGCGGCCGCGGUUAGGCCCGCGCCCUCCGCCGCGGGCCGCCAUGGCCGCGUCCCCCGGCUCGGGCAGCGCCAACCCGCGCAAGUUCAGCGAGAAGAUCGCGCUGCACACGCAGCGCCAGGCCGAGGAGACGCGGGCCUUCGAGCAGCUCAUGACGGACCUCACGCUGUCCCGGGUUCAGUUUCAGAAGCUUCAACAAAUACGCCUCACACAGUCUCGAAACCAGUACCAUGGAGGGUCAUUACCCAACGUGAACCAACUGCGCAACAGUGCAGCAGAAUUUCAGCCAUCAUUUCACCAGGUUGAUAACAUUCGAGGAACACGUCAUCAUGGGCUUGUGGAAAGAGUCUCCCGUAACCGCUUUCACCCUUUGCACCGAAGAACUGGGGACAAACCAGGAAGACAAUUUGAUAGCAGUUCCUAUGGAGGCAGUUACCCUGCCCAGCCUGGGGAUGAAAGUUGGACAAGGCAGCAGCCUCCUUGGAAGGAAGAGAAGCAGCCCGGAUUCAGGCUGACGUCUGCACUUAACAGGACCAAUUCAGACUCUGCUCUUCACACCAGCGCCUUAAGCACCAAGCCACAGGACCCCUAUGGAGAAGGUGACCAGUCUUCCUGGCCUGCCCAAUGCAUGGGUUUCUAUGAUGGUGAAAAUGAUGGAUUUGGAGAAGUUGUUCCUUUUCCCAGCCCUAUGAAAGAGGAGAAUCUUCUGAACGUCCCCAAGCCACUGCCAAAACAGCUAUGGGAGGCCAAGAAGAUUCAGUCACUUUCAGCUCGCCCUCGUUCCUGUGAUGUGGGAGGUGUCAAUGCCUUUCCACAUAAUGGCCAGAACACAGGACUAGCACCUUUUAUGGGGAACCUAAACACUGGAGGGUCUUUACCAGACUUAACCAGCCUUCAUUCCUCAUCUCCUCUACCCACGUCUUUGGAUCCUGACAGCCACUGGUUUGGCAGUAUGAGUGUUGGCAAUAGUAUGGGAAAUCUCCCAGCUGCUAUGACUCAUCUGGGGAUUAGAAGCUCUUCAGGUCUUCAAAGUUCUCGGAGUAACCCUUCCAUCCAAGCCACACUGAAUAAAACAGCACUUUCCUCCUCCCUAAAUAUCUGCCCUCAGACAUCUGUUCACAAUGCCUCUGCCCUUCAGCCAUCACUCCGUCUGUUUUCACUUAGCAACCCUUCUCUUCCUACCACAAGCUUGAGCGGCCCAACUCGUCGCAGGCAGCCUCCAGUGAGUCCUCUUACACUCUCCCCAGGCCCUGAGGCACCUCGAGUUUUCAGCAGACAGUUUUCCUCCACCAGCCCACUGAACCAGCUCCCUGUGUCCCAGGUUGUUCCUUCUGAUCGAAGUCCCCUUUCCUUCCUUCCCCCAGAAGCUCAAACCUCACUCCCGCCCCCUUAUCCCAUGCCCCAGGAGCUCCCCGAGCCCCUCCUGCAGCCAUCCCGAGCCCAAGAACAAGCCCAUGCCCAGCAGCCCCAGCUGUCUUCUCCUCCAGUACAUUCAGACUUGGAGCUCUUCUCUCCCCAUAGCUCUUCUCUGACCAGCUUUUUCCCAGACAUGUGCUUUGAACAGCAGGCCAUGAGGCCAGGGCCAGCCUUUUCUCAACAGGCCGCCAUGAUGGAGCCAGCUCCGAGAGGGCUGCAGAAUGCCAUUCAGCUGCGAUCAAAUUCCCUGUAUUCCAGCUGUGGGAGCUUCCCUAACACCGUCCUAACUGAAGACACAAGUAGCAGUCUGUUCAAAGACCUCAGCAGCGCAUUGGCAGGCCUGCCAGAGUCGAACUUUAACACAGACAGUCUUUUUCCUCUGGAUGAUGAACUCCAGAUUGAACCCCUGAGCUUGGAUGGACUCAACAUGCUGAGGGACCCUAACAUGGGCUUGCCAGACCCCUCAGUGGAGGAAACAUUUCGAUCUGACCGCCUGUGAGCAGGCCGUGGGCUAGAGCGGCAGCCUGCGUCUGUUCCUGCCGGCCCUGGAGCCAGCCCCCGGGAUCCAGCAGGGCAGGACCAGCUCCUCAUCUCAGAGGCUUCUUCAGUCAGGGCCCAGACACAGCGCGGCCCGCACGAAGCCACGCCAUCCUGCUGGUGCCGAGGCCCCUGGCCAAGCCAGGCCCUGUGUCUGGGGGGACAGAUGUCUCUUUGAAAGCUCCUCAGCAUGGCCUUCCUCACCAUCAGCACCACUGUGACCUCCCAGGAGAAAACUCUGCAGUGGCGGGAGCUGUCGCUGGCUUCAUCUGCUCAUCCCCAGAGCCGUGAGCUCUCAGAAGGGACUUGAGGCCUGGCAUGCUUCAGAGGGCCCUGAAAUGAUUCCAUCAGCUUAGCAUUUUGUGUAUGGUACUGUGACUGGGCAGUAAAUUCUCAGCCAUCUGGAGCUCCAUGGGCAAAAUCCAAGCGUCUCUGGUAACGAUUAGGUGACAACCCAGUGUACAGGGACCAGCAUUGCUAUUUGAGGUCCCUUCUUAUUCCAAAGAAAGACAAGGAGCCCCAGCCCAGGUCUUAACUGGGCAAACCAAAUGUUAAUUUGGCUUCUUUCCCUAUCUCAGUCCCCCCUGCUGCUUCCAUUUAUAUUUUCAUGUGGCACAGGAAGGACAAUGCUAAUUGAUCACUGAGAAAGUGCCCCUUAUAACCAAGUAUCCUGAGAAGAAAACAGUGGCUGAGGAGAGAAGAGAUGAUAGAGUGAUAGGCCACACCAGCAUGGAACAGCGGACUGAAUGGAAAGGUUUGUGUUCUCAGUCUGAUGCCAUCUCAGCAGCAGGCUAGCCCCGGGCAGAGCUCUCUCUCUGUUUCCCUACAUCUGCCCCUUUCUGUGCCGUGGGUGGUCAUGCUAGUCUGCCUUGCUGGUGGCUAAUCUAAUUGAGUGAUUCCCCAAAGACCUGCCCAGCCUUGCUUCUUGCCCACUCUCUUCUGACCUUUAUUUCUUCACAUCCCAUAGCCUGUGGUUAAGCAUGCACAUUAACACGGGUGUCGUUAGAUAGCCAGUUCCUACUUGAGUCAAGCUGACAGUUCUUGGGGUCACCUUCCAGAGUGUUGUGGGGCACAGGCAUCCGCUGUGUCCUGAGUGCCGUGCACUCUGAGAGCCGGGGCUGGCCUUGGGCAGGAAGAAUCGGGGGCUUGCAGGGCUCUGAGGAGUCAUUGCCACAAACCUGCCGGUAGAGCCAUGUAGGUGUUGCUUUGGAUUGCAGUGUUAGAGUCAUUCCUUUGGGUCAGGAUCGUAUUCCAUAUUAAAGCCAUUGGCAGCCAAUAGCCCCUCAAUAAACAGGAGCUGAUUAGGUGUCUUUCCUCUGGGAAAGCUCUUAGAGAGCUGGGAAAUGCUGCGAGUGGGUUUUGAUGGGUCCAGAUUUCUUGGACAGCGGCAGGCAUGUGGGCUGAGUGAGCUCUGCCCUGGGCGGCCCAAAGAAGCCCGGGUGGCUGAUAGCUAGAGAGCCCUGGACAGACAGGCCGGGGAGGCAAGGGGCCUCUGACCUGUUCCCAGCCUCACCUUUCUGUAGGUGUGCCCAGGCCAAGCGGUGCUUGAAAGCAGGAAUAUUUCAGGGUCUCCUUCAGAAUGACCACAGUUCUCCUCACGUUAACUGUGCUGGUGCAUUACCCCCUCUGCCCUCGUAGUCAAGAAGAGAAGCUCAUCCUGACAUCUUAGAUGGCUCAGCUCUCUAGAGAGGAGAGCUCUUCAUCAUUGCCAAACAGGAGGGGUUGGUCCCAGGCAGAGUCGGGGUGAGAGGGGCUCGAAUUCCUCAAAGCUCACCAGAGGAGAAACCCCACUGGGGUUCUCACUAAGUCCUCCAGCACUUAGGCCUUAACCAGAGCCCUUCCCCCAUCAGACGAGUCAGACCCUUGCUGGCCAUUUGACUGGGACCGAGGCCUAGGCAGGUUCAUGAGAAUAGUUAUUUGUUUGUAUUCUUCAAAUUUGGGUUCUCAGGGUAUAAUUAUGGUGGUGUGCCUUCCAGCAUAAUUUAAUAACUGCUACUAAAUCACCAAUGUGCCUGAAGAAAGCUUGAUCAUGUCUAACACCCCUCAUCUGAAGGCGAAAAGAGAUUGGCCAAGUCAGGUCGAUCCCCUUUACAUCUAAUCAAAGAAUAGGUUUGGGGCGGAUGACGUGGGGUUUAAAUAUGUGCACACACAACACGCACACACGUCAGACAUUCCCCUCGCUAACCUUUCCAAGCUCCUCCUGUGCAGAGUGCCUUUCACCCAUAGAGGUCCUGGUGCCCCACACGGCGAUCCCAACUUCAUACAGAUAGAGAGCCAGACGCCAAUCGUGCCUUCCAGAGUGGCUAUUUGUUACUUUGUAGAGUCUAAUGGGAGAACGUUGCCCAGAUAUGUUCUUCCUAAGUGGCUCGAGGUAUCACAAACCCUGCCUUCCUUCGGUUGUGUGAAGGAUGCACCACACACCCCACGUGGGUCAGUCUCACCAGUUUCCCUUGCAGGCUCAGCAGCCAGCGGGGCCAUUCCCCUGCCUGGGAAGCAGCCCUGUGCUUCACAAGUGGUGGACAGAAAUCACCUGUUUUAUUAUUCUCACUUACUAGCAGUUAUGGCAUAGAACUGAAGUGUCUUCUAGCUCCCACUCGUUUCUCCCUUUGAAGGUGUGGCCUUUGAGAUGCCCACUGGUAGAAGAGGCCUCCAGUGUCCUGUAAUGUUCUUUCUUCUACAUCUACAGUGUAUUACCUGAAAUAAAAUAACGACGUAUCUGAGCACAUCUGCUCCUUUGAAGACCUUUCUGGCAUUUGCUAUUUUAGCUGGCUCUUGUAAUUUGUGCACAGAUGGUUCUCAGUGUAUCUCAGACAUUUCAGAAAGGGACCAUCCCUCCUACUAAUUGGACUUUCUUUCAGUUACCUAACUUCUGUGCUCCACAUUUCAAUUAUAUUUUUAAAAAUUGGAAUUUGUAUAAAGUAACGUUCGAGUUUUAUAACGCAUUGUUUUACAUCUUUCAUAAUUAAAAGCAGCACAAUAAAGUUCUG